GAGCGAUGCAGAUCUGACGCACUCUAACUCACGGGAGUUUGCAGCCGGAGGGAGUGUGUGCGGUGUGUUUUUAAAGAGGGGAGACUGUCAGCACUGUGGACAGGAAACCCUUUUAAUUCGAUACACUUUUGGGACAGCACCUCAUCCUCUCGGCCCCUCCCUGAUGUGUGUAUGUGCGUGGUUUUUGUAAGCUGAGAUGUGAUAUUGCAGUGCCACUAUCGGCUGCAGCAGGCUGUUUGCCAUAGAUAUUUCCGGAUCCCAUUUCCUCCAGCGGCGGUUUCUCUGGAUGCACUUGCUCCUGCUCAAGGUGACUUGGGGAGUCCAGAGGCGUGAGUGGUGGCACGGAGCUGAAGUCAAGGCUCAGUUGGGACUUGUUCAGAGGAGAUAGUGAGAUGAAACCCGGGUGGAGUGGGAUGUGAGGGCCUGACGGGCCCAGAGUCAAGUCACUCCUCUCCAGGAACAGCCAGGGAAUGGACUCUACCUCUCCUCUGGAGCCCGAGAAAGACAUGGAGGGCUAUUACAACCUUUUGCAGGCAGGUUCUGAGCUGGAGAACACGCUGCAACAGGUCACAGUCCCUGUGAGUAUGCAGGAAGUGGCUGGCUACAUUGAGAAACAAGUGGCCUAUUUAUCAGGGGGACGCGGUGAGGACUCUAGUGUCAUCAUCACUCUCCCAGAAUGCUCUGCUUUCAGCGACAUUCCUGAAGAAGCUCUGGCCAAAGUUCUUUCAUACCUCACACUGAUCCCGAGAACACGGCAACCUGGUGUAAAAUUUAUCAUAAUUUUAGACCGAAGAUUGGAUACUUGGGCCUCGAUCAAAACAGCAUUGGCACGGAUUGCGGCCUCAUUCCCUGGAAACUUGCACCUUGUGUUGGUGCUAAGACCGACCAGCUUCUUCCAGCGCACGGUUACAGAUCUCGGCUUCCGCUUUAGUCAAGACGACUUCAUGCUUAGAAUGCCUGUGGUGAUGCUCAGCUCUGUCACAGAUCUACUGCGGUACAUUGAUGAGAAUCAGCUGACCUCAGAGUUUGGGGGAACUCUUGACUACUGCCACAGCGAUUGGAUCGUCUUAAGAACAGCCAUUGAGAGUUUUGCGGUUAUGGUUAAGGACAUUGCUCAGAUGCUGCAAGCGUUUGGAACAGAGCUGGCUGAGACACAGUUAUCAGAAGAAUGCAGUGCUGUUGAGUUCCUCCUGCUGUCCCACACUGAGAAAUACAGGAGACUUAAGGAUGCCAUCAGAUCUGUGAUGAGAGAGGGGUGGCAGCUGCUCUCUAACCUGGAGACUUCAAGGAAGGAAGGGGACGCCGACACGCGCUGGGACAUGACACAGGACUGGGAUACCAUGCAGAGGCUGCUGGCUCAGCUCACAGAUAUGGAGAUGGCGUUUGAUGGCUUCUUUGAUAAGCACCACCUCAAACUGCAGCAAUAUUUACAACUGCUGAGAUAUGAGCAUAGUUAUCAGGAGAUGGAGUGCUCUUUAGAGAAAAUAAGAGCACAGGAAAGGAAGAUAAGCAUCACAGGAGAAACACUGUCCCAAACAGAGCAGUGUGUCAGAGAGCUGGACAGUUUGGAAAAACAUGCACAGGAGGAGAUGAGUCAGGCUCAGGUUCUUAUCCUGCAUGGGCAUCAGCUGGCUGCUGGACACCAUUAUGCUAUGGCUCUGAUUAUCCAGCGCUGCAAUGAACUCAGACAUCAGUGUGACACCCUGACCUCUGCCCUCAAUACUAAACGCAACUCCCUGACACAAGCACAGACCUUGCUGCGCUGCCUCCAAGAGGCUCUACGGUGGUGUGAUGAUGGCGCUUAUCUCUUGGCCAAUCAGCAGGUGGAUAAAUUCCAGUCUAAAGAAGGGGCGCAGGCAGCUCUUCGAGAUAUCGAGAAGUUCCAGGAGGCGGCGCCACCUCUCCUCGUUGCAGGCGAGGAUGUGCUCUUUCUGGAGUAUGAAUCUGUGCUCACUCCUUGUCUACAGGCUCAUAUAGAGAAGACUUUCCAGAAGCAUAGCUCUGUGCAGGCUCUGAUUCAAUCCAGACAGAACUGCCUGAGGAAAAUGGCAGACAAACAUGUCCGACCAAUCCAGCUGGUGGUCCCUCGUGCAGAGAACCCACCACGUGCAAAAUCCCCCCUCUUCUCCCCCAAACAUGAUUUUAAUUCCAGUUUAAAGUUCACCUUUGACCUCCCAUUACCAGGCAAAAGAACAUCAAGGAAAAGCCCAAACUCCAGGAAGAUUGAAGUGAUUCAUGACUAUCAGACGGCCAGCUCUCUCCCGUACAGUAUGGAUGGAGAAGACGCCACUGAUCUGCUUAAACGACAUGUGAUAAAAGAGCUGAUCGAGACCGAGAGGAUCUAUGUGGAGGAGCUGCUGGCAGUGCUCUUAGGCUACAGGGCUGAAAUGGACAAUCCGUCUCUUGCUCCGCUCCUGCCAACAAGUCUUCGGAACAAGAGAGAUGUGCUGUUUGGAAACUUGCCUGAUAUCUACAACUUCCAUAGCAGUGUCUUCCUGCAGGAUUUGGAAAGCUGUCUGGAAAGCCCUGAGGCAGUUGGAGCUUGCUUUCUGGAAAGGAAAGACCAUUUCCAUUUGUAUGAAUGUUACUGUCAGAACAAGCCUCGAUCUGAUUCUUUAUGGAGGCAGUUCUCGGACUGCCCAUUCUUUCAGGAGUGCCAAAAGAAGCUGGAACACAAACUUGCUCUUGACUCAUACCUGCUGAAGCCAGUCCAGCGCCUUACAAAGUAUCAACUCCUAUUAAAGGAGCUUCUGAAGUACAGCUCAGGCUGCGAGAGAGUUUCUGAGCUGCAGGGGGCGCUAGAAGCCAUGCUGGACCUGCUGAAGUCAGUCAACGACUCCAUGCACCAGAUUGCCAUCACCGGAUAUGAGGGAGAUCUCAACAAUCUGGGCCGCGUGCUAAUGCAAGGCUCCUUCAGUGUGUGGAUUAGUCAUAAGAAGGGUCCGACCCGAGUGAAGGAGCUGGCCCGCUUCAAGCCCAUGCAGCGACACCUGUUCCUGCAUGAGCACGCACUCCUCUUUUGCAAGCGUCGAGAGGAUCAAGGAGAGAACGCUGACAAAACUCCCUCCUACAGCUUCAAGCACUGUCUUAAGAUGAGUGCAGUCGGCAUUACGGAGAACGUCAAAGGAGAUGUGAAGAAGUUUGAGAUCUGGUACAGUGGCAGAGAGGAAGUCUAUGUGAUACAGGCACCUUCAGUGGAAGUGAAGAUUGCUUGGCUGAACGAGAUCAGAAAGAUUCUGACCAACCAGCAGAAACAGCUAAAAGAGGAGUUGUGUCACUCUGCUGCAGUCUCAGAGCAGAUACAGGUCUCUCCUUCUCUCUCAGUGAGCAAACAGCAAAGAGCGUCAGUCAGCUCAGAGGGGACCGAGUCGGGCCACAGCAGUCCAGAUCCGUUCAGCUGCUCUAACCAGCUCCAGCGCAACAGACGCAGCUGGCCGGGCGCACCUUAUUCUGUAGAUAUCUGUGAAGGUCUGGAGGACUGGAGUGGAGCAAACAGCCUUUCUAACCCGUCUGACACUGAGGAGGAGGAUGCUGCCCGUUUGGUUGCAGGCAGAUAUAGGGCCUUCGUCGACUGGCGAAAAAAUGGGACAGAUAACUUUAUCAUUAAGUGUGGUGAUGUCAUACAACUACAGCAUGAGGAAAAUGAUGGCCAGUGCUGUGUACUCUCACAGGCUGGUGAAGAAUCUGAGUCGCAGACAGGAAGGCCGUAUCCCUACUGCCAACCUGCAGGGCAUCUUGGGGGGAAGCAUCAAGAAUCACUCCAACCGGCUUGGAGACCCAGGGAAUCGUAAAGCACGCAAGCUCAGUUCGCCAUGAAGGAAUGGCCCAGUGCAAUAUUGGACCUUUAACAUAAACGCUUGGUAGCUCAAGACUGUAUAUGACUACGUGGAUUCAGACCUGACCAGCAGGAUCAUCUUCCAGAGUUUUUGUACUGAUCCUCAUUGACAGAUGCUACCAAAAUCUUACAAGAGUUCUCCACCAUUUCAGAAAAGCCAGAGAGUGCUUUUAAACAUCUGUCCUCUGCCUAAACACACUUCAGUCCUCCUGACUAGGUGAAGCCUGGAACAUUCUGACUUUGUGGUUGUUGAAUAAUGAAUAAUGAAUCAAGGCCCAUCAAAAGGCCUCUUCGUCGCUCUCUUCGCGGUUAACCCUCUCAGAAGACCUAUGAAAACAUCCUGUGCAUAAAGGACAAUAAUUUUUAAACUGUGUUUGUUUGUGCUGUUAUUUAUCUUGUACUGUUGUAUUUAUCCUCAGUCUGAGCUCUUCCUGAGAGCUUCAAUGCCAAAUCAUGCAGUGCCAUAACGCCUGUUUCCCCACUUUUUAUUUAAUGCAGACUUUGCUCAGUAGUGCACUAGUUACCUCAAAAAAAAUAUUUAUAAGCACUUUAUUCAGGUCACGCAAAUUUGUGGCCAUUUGUCUCUCUCUACAGCUUAAAACCGGAUGAAUUUUGCAUGCCGUCAAUUCUUACCUCUCUUAUUUAGUAAAAUUCUCUUGUCAGGCACUUCACAUGCAGAAUCUACUCUGCCAGCUUGAAGACCUGGGGGGCCGUCAUGUAAAUGUUGACUUUAGAAUCACAAAUAUGAGUUUUGAGGGGGUGAGCAGAGUGCAUGUGUGUUGAAUGUGUGGCACGGCUGCGAAAUCAGAGCCAUGUUAAUGGAGGUUUCUUAUUAAGGGAGAUCUUACAGCAAACAUUAAAUAUACCCACUGUUUAGAAUGCUUAAUGAAAUAUUAAUUGCAGACUUAUAUGAAUUUACUACAUUAAAUCAGGCCCACAGUUGGAGGGCUGACUUUGAUAUACCAGCGUUUGAAGUGGAAAUGAGCUGUGUGUAGCAGCAGGAGACGCUUUGGAGUACAUAUCUCUUAUGUUAUUAAUUUAGCUAUCAACUUGUUCCCUUCCAGCGUGGAUCUCCAGCCACCCACUCAAAAUCAAGCCAUGUCUAGGACACAACUGCCUGUACUGUGCUAUAUUAGCCAUAUAUACGGUCAACUUUGCAUAUUUUUAUGCUUAUUUGUGUCCAAAAAUUUUUUUUUUAGAUAUUUGUGAGAGCACAUUGAAAAUCUGGGAAUCAGAAUUUCAUGAUCAUCAGGUUUUUUCUCCAUCAUUUUCAAGUUAAUUUAGUAAAUUUAGUUUUUCAAUCAGAAGUAAUGCUAAACAAAGCAUGUUCACUAAUCGUCUCAGACUUUUGGACCUCAUAUCUAUAUCUAAUAGCAUUUAAUCCUGAUUUUUGCUUAUGUUUGUUUUUUGGGACUGGCUUCUAAAUUGUUUUUGAAGGAAUGUAUCUGUGUCGAUUGUAUUGUAACAAUAUUGUAUUUAAAUUUGUACAGCCUAUUAAAAAUUGUUUUUUUUUUUUUCAA